AUGCACACGGUGCAGAAGGACACCACGUUCACCAAGAUCUUCGUCGGGGGGCUGCCCUACCACACCACGGACUCCUCCCUCAGGAAGUACUUCGAGGUGUUCGGCGACAUCGAGGAGGCCGUGGUGAUCACGGACCGGCAGACGGGCAAAUCCCGCGGAUAUGGUUUUGUGACCAUGGCGGACCGAGCCGCUGCUGAACGGGCAUGCAAAGACCCCAACCCCAUCAUCGAUGGCAGGAAAGCGAAUGUGAACCUGGCGUAUUUGGGAGCAAAACCACGGAGUAUUCAAACUGGUUUUACCAUAGGUGUGCAGCAGCUACAUCCAGCUUUUAUUCAGAGACCCUUUGGGCUCACGCCGCACUAUGUUUACCCUCAAGCUAUCAUCCAGCCCAGCGUGGUGAUCCCUACCCCCGUGCAGUCUAUCACGUCUCCCUACAUCGACUACACCACGGCGAGCCAGGCCUACUCGCAGUACACCACCGCUGCCUACGACCAGUACCCGUACGCUGCCUCUCCCGCCGCAUACGGCUACACGGGCGCCGUGCAGCCCCCGCUCACGGCCAGCAACCCCGCGGCGCCCGCCACCGCCUUCGUGCAGCAGCAGCCGCAGCAGCUGCAGCCCGACCGCAUGCAGUGAGCGCUGCCCGCGCGCUCAGGACAGUCCUCCGCCGGGGAAGGAUGCGACUGUGACGGCAAAAGGAGGAAAAGUACAACAGGA